CGCUUGGGACCGCCGGCACGCGUCUGCGCGGUUGCGGACACGGUCAGCAUCGCGACGGAGACGGUGUACGCCAUCGGGCGCGUGCAAAUUGGCCGCGGGACACCGGGCGGCGUGGCUACGGUUUCCGCUGGGUCAGCGGCGGGCUGCGUCAAGGGUGCCAUACGGCGGUUUUGCAGGCGGUGGCGGCAGCAGCAAACAAGCCAUCGCGCGGAUCUGAAGUACGGCGCGAGCACGAACGCGCACAGUGGCAAUGCGCAGCGCUGUGCUCCCGGCCGGCAUUUGUUGUCGCAGUCUGCGCCCUUGCCCCAUUGCGCGACGCGCCAGCGACUU